UCUUUGGUGAUAGGUGGUUUCCGCGACGGGGCGUCUUUAAACGUCGCCUUCAUAUCCAAGUUUCUUCCGAAAACAAUAUACACAAACAUACUGUCGUUCACCACUGGAGACGGGACGAACAUCAAGGAGUGCGAGAAAUAAAAGACAGUAUGGCAUCCAUUUCACCUGAAGACAGUAUGGCAUCCAUUUCACCUGAAGAGUGUACACAGCACAGCCCCCAGUUGCUAUUGGUGGGAGAAAAGGAUAGGAAGCAACUUCUAGAAGUGUAUGUCAAGCGCAGUUUAAGCCUCAACGAUAGAACACAAGGGCAUCUAAUAAAGGGGCAGAAAUCACGCAAAUGUAUCUCCAUAGCAGAGCGGAACAAUAGGGGCCGCAUAUAUUCCAGUGAUGCAUCCAUUAACUUGAGUUCACAGGCCUCCAUCACAGAGGAAAACGUUAGGAUGUACAAGCCCUUCCCUGAACCAGAAGUAGACAAACAUUCUGAGACGUUGUCUGAGAAGAAACCCAAAAAGUGGAAAAUUAAAGGCAGUGUGCGUCGCAAUGUUGGCUCCAAUGCAUCCCAAAAGUCCAACGGCAAAUCCAAGAAGUUGUUUCAACGUUUGGAUAAGGACAAGGAGGAGGGUGAGAAAACCAGUGAUGUUUUACCCCCCAAAGCAAAUACAAAUAGUGUUGAUGUUCAUACAAAGAUGUCAGACAAACUAGAGUCUUCUAAAGAGGAGAAGAAGGAUAAAGAAAGCAAGAGGACAAAGAAACCCACAGUAUGGAAGAGCUUCUUGAGUUUAUUCACCAGAGGACUGGAUCAUCCCAGAGUUAAAGAACCUCUCCCUCCUUUAAAACCCUCAACACUCGAAAUGUCUUGUUUACCAAUACAUGAAGUCCUAUCAAAAGGCGAAGAUGGCAUGCGCCGUACCAAAUCUUCGAAGAAGAAACAGUCCCUCGAGAGAUCGUUAAAAUGGAGGCGAAGUGGAGAUAUGUCCAAGGGAAAAUCUGUUGAGAUGGUGGAACAAAAUAGCUGUUACUAUGAGAAAGUGUCAGAGGAACUGGAGAAGAUUGUGCAUGAAGUGAAAGACAGUCCAGGCGAUGGCUAUACCAGUUUUCAACCAACUGUCCAGAAUGGUGGAAAAAUUUCACAAGAAGCAAUCAAGAGGAUCACUGAACUGAUAAAACAGGAAGGAGACCUUAUAGACGAUAAGCUGAAGGAAAAUAGCUUUGUGAGCUCUUUUCUGGAAAGUUCAUUUUCCUAUAGAUCCUUCCAGCAGAUGGCUGACCAGUAUGUCCAGUCAGAAGUUCCAAAUAAGAAAACCCACCCGACCGUCGUUGCACCAGAACUAGUGAAAUUUGCCUUCACGUUGGACUUCACAGCCAGAGUGGCUAAUCUACAUCGACAAGCUACAGGCCACAUCAUGGGCUUAGGGAACCAGUAUCUCCAAGAUCGCUUCACUCAUAUGAGUGAGAGCCAUCCACAUCUUACUGACAUUAAAGCAGAGGACCAGAAAACAGUGAACUUUGACCAAGACUUAAGCUUAUAGAAGUUUAUGCUUCUAGGUACUGCUCGGUACACCUACGUAUCAACACUGAAUGAUGUACACUUUUAAACCUAAUGCCACAAAGUUAAAGCCAUAAUUAAGGAUUUUAAAAUAGUACCUCAUCCAGGAAAUAGAGAAUAUUUCUCAACAAAUAGAAGCCACCAGCAACAUCGGCAUUCUGAUGUUUUGUGAACAAAUCUUAGCAAUAAGUAAGGUUUGCUCAUGAAACAAAGAAUACACUAAACCAUAAUGUGUAAUUUAAUAUUGUAUAUUAAUGUCAUUUUUACAUUAUAAAACAUGAUUAAACUAGAAAAAUCUAUAAAUGUGAAUGUUCAUAGAAUAUGCAAUAUAAUUUGCUGUUUAUAUUUUGUUUUAAUUUAUUACACCUAUAUUGCACCACAAUAUUGUAAGCUUAAUAAGAUUGUAUAUAUAUAUAUAUAUAUAUAUAUUAGAUAUGUUAUAACUGCAUGCGGGCAUAUGCAGAAUAUAUUUACAGCAUAAAGAUUAUGAAUAAAUAUUUUUAUAAAAUGCUGUUUACUGUUCAAUUUAUUUUGACCUAAAAUCUUAUAAUAUGGAACAGGAAGUUAUAGAUCAUUAAAGUUCAUUUAUAAUGUAUUUAUUUUAUAAAAAGUUUAUUUAUAAUUUAUUUAUAAUAAAAAAGUUCAUUUAUUCAUAAGCAAAACAACAACAAAAAAUCAUAUAAGAGACUAUUACUAUGGACUGUUCAUUCACAAUCUUAUGAUCCCAUACUUAAAUAAUUCUUAAUAUUUUUAGUAUUUAGGGAAAAAAAAAUAAGUAUGCACAUUGGGUAAUUAAAGGCUCUCCAAAUCCAACUUAAUAAAGCAAGUAUUAGGACUUAACUCCGUUUUAUUUUUAUUUAAAUGAAAAAGAAUAUUCCCUUGUGGCACAUUUACAUUCAUGUUUAAAUGAAAACACAGGAGACAUGCCUGUUGUAAUCCAGCAGUAAUCUGACAAUCAGCACUUGCUGUAAAUAUUCUGAUUUUCCAAUCAGUGUGUUUAUAUGAACUAUUAAAUUGUGAAGAAUGUUUUUAUAACAGAUUCUUUUUUCAUUUUUCAGACAGGAGAGUUAUAUAUGUCAUCUAAAUACGCCAAUGAUCCAAGAUGGACUAGCAAAACUGAAAUGUUAUAUUAUUUAAAUGUGUUUACACAUGCAUAUGUAGACUUGUUGUAUUGCCAUAUUCAGAAUCAGGUUUGGGGUGUAACGGAAUACAUGUAAAUACAAAAUAUUAGUAACUGUAUUCCAAUACAUUUCCAAUUUAAAUCGUUGGUUAUCGGAUUAGUUACAUUGGAAAAGUAUUUUGAUUACAGAAGAGAUUACUUUUUAAAAAAAUCGUCAUUUGUUCCAUUUAAUAUUUAGUCUAUUCAGAUGGGAAAACAUGUAUCCAUAUAAAUGAUCCGAUCCAAAGAGAAAUACAUUCUUAAGAUGUGUAAUAUUCAUACGAGCAGACAGAGAAGUAAGUUUGAAGUAAAUUUGGAGCAGCAGAAAUAGAAAUAAACCUUGUGUAAAUUGUUGCGUAAACAUUUAGCUUUAUGCUAAGAUAAAAUGCUAUUUCUAGCCAUUUUACAUGCACAUGUAACCAGGCACAUCAUAUUUUUCAUCAAGAAAGUUCACAUUAGAUCAUAUUUUUUUUUUCAAACACUGUUUUAUCACUUUGUCUAAAACAUCAGCAGCAACAACACAAUCUAUUCUUCAAUCUAUUCUUCCUCUUGCACAUCCAUGUAGAAGAUCCAAGAAGGUGAUAGUUUUGCAUUUCCCUUUGUGUGAAACAAAAUCACCAAGUUUCUAUAUUUAAAACCUGGUGCCAUACCUUCAUUAGGUUAAUUUUCUUGAUUAAUAACCCCAUCCUAUUUUUCAUUCAUUUACUACAACAUAAUAAAUAAGAAUUUCUGAUUUAACAUAUUUAGAGUCCUCCAAAACUAGGCACCCUUCUCAUGUUUCCAAAAUAACAUUUCCAGCUAAUCUCACUUUGCUUCAAGUGUUUUGUUGACAUUUUUAUUUGUUGAAAUGUAUGUUGUGUAGAAUUUUUAACUUACUGGCGAGUUUGAAAAUGUCAUUCUUUCCUAGGAGAGAGGAAUGGACUGCAGAAGCUACUUGGCAUACAGAACAAUCAUUGGGUCUGCUCCAGCAUACCUAAAAUCAUUUCUACAGAGCUACAUUCCCACCAGAAGCCUGCGGUCAGCUAAGGGACGUCGCCUUGUUGUACCAACAAAAAGAGGCACCAAAACUCUUUUCGGACUUUCGGCUUCAUCAUACUAUGUUGGUGGAAUGAUCUUCCCAACUCCAUCCGUGAAGCUGCCUCACUUUCAAAAAAAUGGCUAAAAACACACCUUUUCCAUGAGCACUUAACCAGUCACUAAAAAAAUAAUUAUUAUUGUUGCACUUUAAUACUUGAAUACUACUAUUCUGAUGCUAGUGAAACUUUGUAAUACAGCACUUUUCGUACCACUGUCUCCUUAAGAUGAUUCGCUUGUAAUGUAUUCCUCUUUUAUAAGUUGCUUUAGAUAAAAGCAUCUGCCAAACGAGUAAAUGUAAAAUGUAAAUGUAAGUCAGAAACACUACUGGCUCUAUGGCUUUACAGUCACUAUGUGUUCCAAGCGCUGAAAUUAAAAUCCAAUCUGACUGUUCAGACCGAAAUGCAAUUCCAAUGCAAUUUAAAUGGGUUUCAAAAAGUGAAAAAGUAAAGGUGGUAGUCAGCAAAAAGUAAAUUUGCUGACUACCACCCCUGAGUCUCAAGUUCAAAUCCAUGGUGUGCUGAGUGACUACAGCCAGGUCUCCUAAGCCUGGUUGCUAGGUAGGGUAGAGUCACAUGGGGUAACCUCUUCGUGGUCGCUAUAAUGUGUUGUUCUCCCUCUGGGUGGGGCAUGAGGUGAGUUGUGAGUGGAUACCAUGGAGAAUAGCCUGAAGCCUCCACACGCGAUACGUCUCCGCGGUACCGCGCUCAACAAGCCACAUGAUAAGAUGCGCGGAUUGAUGGUCUCAGAACAAGAGGCAAAUGAGAUUCGUCCUCCGCCACCAGGACUGAGGCAAGUCACUAGCCACCACUAUUAGCAGCCUGUCUGAACAAAGCCUUGGGUGCUAAUUUGUAAACAAUUUGUAGACUUAUUGUAUGGUCCGUGUAACACUUAAUUUUUCAUACCAUACCAAUCCAAAUGCAAAAAUAGAAAAACAGUUUGAAAUGUUUUCAUUUUUUCUAGUUACUUAAAGAAUGGAUACUUGAUUUUUCUUUUUCUUCAAUUGUACUUUUUCUAAAUUAUGACUUUAGAGAUGAUUUUUGGAAUAAUUGACUCAUCACCAAUUUUCUAUUUUUCCAGUUCUUGUGUCUUGCAAUUUGCACUGUACCAUUAGCACAGGGAUGUGGGUUAGGGAACGCACUGCUUAUUGCAUGGCCACGUGUUUAAAAGGCUAGCAGGGGUCACAACCUAAUUAACUUUAUUAUUAAUAUUAAUAAAAAUAAUAUUUUUAAUAUAUUAAGGCCUUUAUACGGAGCAUAUACUUGCAAAUUUCCAGGUCCGUUUUUGCUUGUAUUAUAUUCACUUGAAGAAAACUGCCGCAUGGUGGUUGGCUAAGUGAAGAACUCCAAAUUCCGAAAAUUAUUCGCAAGAAAGUUCUUUAUAAGAGGCGUUAAUACAUGAGAAUAGAUCCAUACCUAUAAUUUAUGUAGCUUAAUUUUUUGGAAUGAUGGGGCUCUUUAACACAAUAGCAGAGGCUGGACUUUACAUGGCAGUUUUCUGCCAGUUCGACCGCUCUAAUGGCAAGUAAAUUCCGUAAAAAGGCAUUAAUGUAUAUAGAUCUAAGAAUAAUGUAAUUCCUUGGAGAGUGAACGAGGGCAACAUUCUGAGCUGUUCAAUGCAAUAACACCUGGCACUCAGCCAGCCACCAUGAGCAUAAGUUUCCUUCCAGUUAGAAAUGAGUAUCAUAAAAGGAUAAAUGGACAUGGUAAAACUCUGUAUAAAGGCCUUAAUGCAUAAAAGAUUAAUAACGCUAAAUUUAAAAGGAAAAGCAAUUCAGAAGGUCAUCAUUGUUUUUUGCUAUCCUAUGCUUUGUAAAUAAACUUAAGAGGAAAAAAGUGAUACAAGUGGCAGGAGGACUGACACAUGUGCUCCGUCAAUGCCUGCUUCUGACAGCCAGGAAAAGGGCAAACCCCUUUCAUCCACCACGUGGAGCGAACAAUUCAAUGCCGAACCCUUUAUGCUCGAGCGACCCAUGUUGACGCUCAGUGGGUCACGCGAAUGGUUUGUCCACUCUCUUGCUAUUGCCCGCGUGCCAACCCCUCCGUAUGCCUUUGGUUGUUGACUUCUGGGCAAGCCUUUUAAACUACUCCUCAACGUACAUGCAGUCCGUUCCCUAACCCACACCCCCGUGCUAACGGUACAGCCCAAAGCACAAAUUGCAAGACAAAAAUUGAAAACUGACAAGUCAAUUAUUUAAAAAAAUAUAUUUCUAGUCACAAUUUAGGAA